AUGGAGCAGCAGGUCUCUAACCGGGGAAGUAACUCUGACCCCCCAGCGUCUUCUCAGUGCGAGGAAGAGACCAAACAACAUGAAGUCUCGGAAACGACUUUUUGCGGAAGUGAGUUUGCAGAAGGCAGUGGUGGAACUUUGUUACAGACGGUGGCACCCGAUGCCCCCAGUGUGAGGAGUUGUGGCAGCCAUCAAGUCCCGAGCUCAAGUAAAGGUGCUCCCUUCGCCUCACGGGCGCAGGCGCUGAUGUCAGGCGCUGCCAGCGUCGUGGCGCCACUUUCAGUUCACUCUGGUAGUCAACACACAUCCCGAAAGGGAAACACCCACAACUUAGCGCGACUCGCGGUGAAGCACAAUUUAUAUGCCGUACAACUGGAUGGUGACUCCGGCGGCAUUGAAAUGCAAGCCGCUAGCCAAUAUCUCCUCCGGGCGGUAACCACACGAGAGAAGUACAAAUCAGUGGAUAAGGGACAGAAGGAGGGAACAGGGCGCUUGGUGCCUCCGGUUGUUUUCUCCUUUGAAACUGGUGUCGCCCAGUUCACGGACCAAAAGACCGAAGUUUUACCAUGGGAGCAGUUCUACGACGACGUGAUAGAGUUGUGUGCCACGAUGCAGCAUCCAGAUUGCCGCCGGGCGUGUUCGCAGCGUCUACAAGUGCUGGAAGAGAAGUAUAACCUGUACAAAUUGUGCAGCAGCAACGUUGAGAACCCUGACCACCACCGCCACGAUGUUGGUGUAUUUUCCGAUUGUACAAAAGUUGAUAAUAGCGUGUAUCUGAGUUGCAUGGUGAAUUCGGAGUUGCUGCGUGAAUACAUCCAGGACAAGGUGGAGUAUUGUGGAUCGGAUGAGGUGCGGUAUUCGGCGGAUAAAACUGAGGUGCACACACUGAGUACAACAUGCGAUCAGCUCGGAUUUACGGAGGUUGAGCAGCUAACUAUCGAGGGUCUGGGGUUGUCACCACCAAAUGAAAAGCAACGUUACCAUUACGAUCCGCUUGAUCUUGAACUGAACCGCACUGGACGCAACUGCGCGGAGCUAUUGCAACUCUUCCUCACACACAAUACUUUGAAUAAGGGGAAAUACUUUGCAGAAAUUGUGAAACCCACACUGUCCGAGAAUGAGCAACGAAUGCGAAACCCACAGGCAACUGAAUGUAUAGUUGAACUAUGUGGUACUUCUGCCGAAGAUUGGGAGCAGCUGGCCGCGUGGGCACAGGAGCAUAAUCUGCUACGAAUGUGGCAUAACCGCUGGUUCGUUGCCUUACCCCGGAGACGGAUACGAAGCGAUUCAACAAAGGAUGCACUUGAGAACCACCAGCAACACUUGGAAAAUAUUUUCCUACCACUGUUUACAGCAACACUCGCUCCCGAAGACCCGAAGAACGCUUCUAUUGUGGCGCUGCUCCAGAACCUUGGUGGGUUUGUGAUUGUGUCCGAUGAAGAGGAGCGCAACUCCACUUUCGAGCGCAAGCUGAGGCGACCCGUUGAGGUGCCAUGGAGUGAGAAUGUUUGCGAUCUCUACUUCGCUUACCAUGUAUGGGCAAAUCUUUGUUCCCUCAACGCUUUGCGCCGUCGCAAGGGCCUCAAUACUUUGCAGCUACGUGCCUUCGCCGGGAAUCGUGACGGUCAAAUAGAUGUAUUGGUUUAUUCUUACCUACUGUGCGACAGCCUUGUUAACGGUGUUCUCCUAGAGCAUAAUCCUGUGCUGCAGUAUCUUUAUGGUGCCGGAAAGAUCGGACUGGUCAUGAUGCCACUGUGUAACAAUGGGAUGGGGCUCCCGUAUAUGCAGAACCCCUUUCCUGUUUUCUUUCGCCGCGGGUUGCUCGUGACACUGACGACCAACCAACCUUUGUUGUUUCACCAUUCUAAAGAACCUCUCAUCGAGGAAUACGGCACUGCGAGCAAACUGUUUCAGCUAUCUGGCACUGAUGCAUGUGAGAUAGCGUUAAACUCCGUGAUUGUGUCGUCAUUUCCCGCCGAUGUUAAGGCACUGUGGUUGGGGGAUUCAUUCCUUCAGGAAGGCAUUCAGGGGAACAUGCUAGAGUUUAGCAAAGUUCCGACGUGCCGUCUUGUGUUGCGACAGGAACUGUGGCAAACGGAAUUGAACAUUAUUCAUCAGGCCGCGGUGCGAAAUACGAGGGGAAAGCGAGGGGCGUUUCCUCUCCCGACACUGCUGUCCACCCCUCCCCCUCUCAUGGCUUCUGGGAGCCAUGCUGGGGAUUCGACCGAAGUUGAGCCAAGCGGCGUAACUUUACAACAAGCCGUUACAAUGAUGCAGUCAAGUCAAAUGCCGUUCCUCGCUCGCGAUCCACAUACGGACUUUCCUCGCGUUGUCUUCUUAGGCCCCCUCGAACGUGAUCCUUCUGAUACGCUGGUUGUGACUCUGUUGCAUCGUGCGUUACAGCUGCGCUCGCAGUAUGUUCGGCAGCACAACAUACGUGAUGUAGAUGGGAGAGUGCUGCGGUCGGACGAUAUUGAACAUGCAUUCCGCCGUGAUGAUACAUUUGAUGAGGACGAGUGGAUGUUCAAAACCGUCGAAGGUGUUGUUGUGCCACACGAGGUUCAUCAGAUUCCCCGUCUCCCAAAAGAUAUGUUUCACUUUGACGACUUUCGUCAACAUGUGCAGGAACUGCGCGCCAUGCUAGAGAAUGCGCACGUACGCAACUUCGCGACGCGGCGAUUGAAUUUGCUUGAGCGCAAGUUUAUGUUACACCUUGCGGUUAACCGCAGUCUUGAAGCGGGGACAACGGCCAGCAAGGCUUCUCAGAAUCGUGACUUCUAUCAAGCAACAAAAGUGGACAAUAAUGUUCGUAUGGAGUCCGGUAUGACUGCUCGGCAGCUGCUGAACUUCAUCGUUUCCAAGGCUAAUAAUAAUGGUGAUGACAUUGUGGCCCACCAAGAGGGAAAAGAACCGCAAACGUUGCGGCAACUGCUACAGGAGUUAAAUAUUUCUCCGAGCACACUAACUGUAGAUGACCUCAAUGUGCAAGUCGACACAACACUUGGUGUUGGGAGCGCACAAUAUACACCUGGCGGCCGUGAUGUCUUGUGUACACUACUGCUGAACACAGACAACCAAAUGAAGGGACGCUACUUCGCUGAGUUGACAAAGCUAACCUUUGAGAACUUCGAGCAUGACCGUUUCACCUUCACCGAAAACAGGCUACCGAUUUAUGGCGCGAGCCCCAAUGAAUGGGGGUUGCUCUCUGAUUGGUUCGACACACAUGGUAUGGCAUCAGUACACAACCGAUGGAUGGUGCAGAUCCCGCGCAUUUACGGUUAUCUGCGCGAGUGUGGAAAGGUCCAAAGUUUUACUGAGUACAUCGAAAACAUAUUCAAACCACUAUGGACUGUUUCACUCCAUCCAAGCAAAGAUCCCCGCUUGUUCCACUUCCUUAACCACAUCUCUGGCUUCGAUUGCGUUGAAGACGAACGAAGACACGACAUACCGCUCAACAAUGCAACGAAACCGCCUCAUGAGUGGACGACCGAGGAAGAGCCUCCAUACAACUACUACAUGUAUCAUGUGUGGGCAAAUAUUUACUCACUGAACGAGUUUCGUCGACGCCGGAAGUUCUCGACGUUUACAUUUCGACCAAGCUGUGGAGAAACAGGCCCUGUGGAACACCUCAUCGGUGGGUUUUUACUUGCCAACGCUAUUAAUUAUGGCGUUACUCUCGCUGAUGAUACCCCACUGCAGUAUCUUUUUUACCUCGCCCGCAUUGGGGUAACGGUAAGCCCGCUGAGCAACAACACGAAGGUGCUCGGGUACCUGGACAACCCGUUUCCGACGUUCUUUCGUCGCGGUCUUAAUGUUUCCCUCGGCACGGACAGCCCACUUAUGUUUCAUCACACCCAGGAGCCACUACUAGAGGAGUACUCCAUUGCCUCAAAGGUGUGGAAGCUUUCGCCCAAUGAUAUGUGUGAGAUUGCCCGCAACAGUGUGCUUCUUUCAGGUUUUGAUGCUGCCUUUAAACGUGAGCGACUAGGGGAUCUGUUUUUUCUUUCAAGUAGCAGAAGCAACGACGCGUCACACACACACCUAUCCGACAUCCGUGUCGCGUACCGUUUCGAGACCUACCACGCAGAGAUUGCUUUUCUGGAGAUGAUCUCCACCCUUAAUUUCCCAAAGGCACUUCUUACUCUGAGUGAAGAGAGGGCACUGGAAGCUGAUUUUCUUGAGGCGGUAAAGAAAAAGGAAAAGCAGCUUGGGUGUAUCAUAGAAGUUAAGACUGAGGAGGAGGACAUUAAAAGGUUAGAGCAAAGUCGUGCCGCUCUACUGCGACAGGUUCGAGAGGCUGAAGAUACUGUUGAGGAGUUACGCCGGCAGAACAAACAGCUAACGGAGAAGCUUGCUGAAGAGCGGGCGAGGGACCAACACGCACAGCAGAUGCGUCGCAAGGGACUUAAGGAGCGUGUUGUGGGUAUUUCAGAUCCGGAGGGGAGACGGCAGACAUCGUCGUCAAACGCCGAUAUGUCGAGUGAUCACCAGCCCUCCCUCGAAAUUUCUGUUUUGGAACAAGUGGCGAAGGAAGAAACCAACGGUGAAGAUGCCACAGCUGCUGGACAAAGUCAGCAUCUAGGGGGUGCGAAAGUGGGGCUGACCGCUUUGUCGCCCACUGCUUUGGAGGACACCUCACCGAGGAGUGCUGGCUUCAUCUCUAGUGGGAAUGUAGCUGAUUUAGACGACAAUUUGGAUACUGCUGCCACAACGAGUGCACUAGUUGGUAUGCUAGAGAGUAUGUGGAAAGAAAAACCUGCUGGGGCCUCUCACUCCGGCGGGCAUACCGUUACGGGCGGAGAUGCGAGCAGUACCUUCCCACCAAUUAAUGUUGAUGCGGUUACGCUCAGUGAAAGAAAACCGUCAGGGGCCAGUGGCAGCACCACUAAGCGGGGACCACCACCACCGAGGCGGACCUCCGCGAAUUCUGCCUUUGUAUUCCCUAAACCUUCCGGGGAAGGGGGUUCGCAUCGCGCGUCACUUCAGGGGUUUGCUAAUGUUCAGCAAGCCGCCCGUGAACAGGAAGCAAAAGAGACGGGGAGUUCGCACCGAAGCAGUGAAAGAGGAGUUUAG